CAGACGGGGGGGUUCUGAGUCAAUACAACCAAUCAGAACUGCGGAAGCCACAGCUUCGGAAACAUGCAGCCAGUCGGAGACCAGCAUGAAUUUGUUUUAUUUGCAAAGAGUGGGGGAAUCAAAGAACACCAAUGAGAGGGCGUCAUUUGCAGCGCCGCUUUCGUGCACACCAAUCAAUUUUCGCGCCAUAGUCUGACCUAUAGAAUUUCGCUGAGCAGGCAGCCAAUCACAAUGUCCAGAAUUUGCCCACAGUGGUCCGAGCAGCCAAUCGAGAUUCGAGAAACGGAACCUCAGCUCAACAGCUUGUUAUUUCGUUUAUGCCUUUGCAGCCUAAGCGAAUGCUGAGCUGAAGCGGUCUUAUAGGAGCUUCAGUCAAAACCAAUCGAGCUGGACUCCCUCAAAUAGCCAUCAAGAUGAAGGUAGCAGAUGAACCUGCCUACCUGACCGUGGGGACGGAUGUGAGUGCAAAGUACCGCGGUGCCUUCUGCGAGGCAAAAAUCAAGACUGUUAAACGCAUGGUGAAAGUUAAGGUUGUGCUAAAAGGUGACAGCAUCUCACAAGUUGUCCAAGAUGACCAAGUCAAAGGACCUUUAAGUGUUGGCUCGACUGUGGAGGUGAAGAGCCCAGAGGGUGGACUUAGUGAAGCUGUCAUCAGCAAACUCACAGAUGCCAGCUGGUACACUGUGGUAUUUGAUGAUGGAGAUGAGAAAACCCUUAGAAGAACCUCAUUGUGCCUGAAAGGCGAAAGGCAUUUUGCAGAGAGCGAGACACUGGACCAACUGCCCUUGACAAACCCAGAGCACUUUGGCACUCCUGUCAUUGGAAAGAAGACAAAUCGAGGCAGAAGGUCUUCUCAGGCAGUUGCAGAGGACGAGAAGGAGUCUUCAUCAAGUGAAGAUGAUUAUGAUGACAGGAGAAGGAUCAAUGAUGAUCUGUUGGGGAAAGUUGCCUGUAUUCAAAAUGAGUCUGAUAGUAAUACCUGGUACUACGCUCUGGUGAUAUCUCCAAGCUGCAAUGAUGAACUUACUGUCAAAAAGGACCAAUGUUUAGUGAGAUCAUUUGCUGAUUCCAAAUUUCACACCGUGACACGCAAAGAUGUUCAGGAAGUGAACCUCGACAUCAUCUCAGAAUCUGAAAAUACAAACAAGAAAGGGUUUGAAGCAGCACAGCUCUUCCUAAAGGACAAACGGGUCCCUGGCAGCUGGAAGGUGGACUUGAGCGAGAUUCUGGAAUCCUCCAGUAGUGAUGAAGAUGAUAAUGGUGAAGGCAAAGAGAGGGAGGAGGAGGAGGAGGAGGAGGAGAAAGGGCCAGAGCCUGAGGAACCUGAUGAUGAGCCAGACCCAGAUGAGAGAGACCACUUUCUACAGCAGCUCUACAAGUUCAUGGAGGACCGAGGAACACCAAUCAACAAACCUCCAGUGCUGGGAUACAAGGAUCUUAACCUCUUCAAACUCUUUCGACUGGUAUAUCUUCAUGGAGGCUGUGAUAAUAUUGAGAGUGGAUCUAUUUGGAAGCAGAUCUACAUGGAUCUCGGCAUCCCGGUUCUGAACUCUGCUGCCUCUUAUAAUGUGAAAACAGCCUACAGAAAGUACCUGUAUGGAUUUGAGGAGUAUUGCCGCUCAGCUCAGAUCCAGUUCAGGACGGUGCACCACAACGAGCCACGGCCGGAUGUUCAGCCGGAGGUGAACAACAUUGAGACUGUGAAAAAAGAGGAUGAGGAAACAGAGGUUGCAAUGCAGCAGGUUGAAGCAGAGACUGGACACAGUGAGGACAAACCUCUGGCAGAUGGAGAUCGGUCAGAUGCUGAGAGCGAAAAGGGACACAAAGAUAUCUUCUCACCCAGGGGCCGGCGGCGGUGCACAGUGACCCCUGUGAAAAUAGAGGUGAGGGAGUCUGCGAAACCGGAGACAUCACAGGAGGAGGAGAGAAAAGAGGAGACUCAAGGAGCAGGAGAGUGUAGCGGAGAGGAGCUGAAGGAGAAAUCAGAUGGAGAGAAUUUCUGGAAAUGUCGCAGCCAUCACCUCGAAGAGUCUGAUAAAGACUCUGAUGAUGAAGAACAGGAGGAUGAUGAAAAUGAGGAGGAAGAUGGAGAGAGAUCCAGACUCAGGGACAGAGAUGAAAGAGAAGGGGAUGAUGGCUGUGAAGACUCAGAGCACUCUAUGGCAGGCACUAAAGUCAAGGUGAAAUACGGCAAGGGAAAAGCGCAGAAAAUCUACGAAGCUAACAUCAAGAACACAGAGACAGAUAAUGGAGAGAUUCUCUAUCUGGUGCAUUACUAUGGCUGGAACGUGAGAUAUGAUGAGUGGGUGAAAGCUGACCGAAUAAUAUGGCCUGGUGAUAAGGGUGGAACAAAGAGAAAACAAAAGAAAAAAGUGAGGAAUAAAGAGGAUGGAGAGGAGGAUAAACAGGCCAAACUUGGGAUAAGGAGAGGUCGUCCUCCACUCAAGUCCACCCCUCCCAGUACUUCCCGCAGUGUGUCCAAAACACCUAGCAGUGAGGGCCGAUCCAGCAGCAAGAACUCACGGCCCAGUGAUGCCUCUGUCCUGCCAAACGGAGAUGUUACCCCUCGCCGACGCACAAGAAGAACUUCUGGAAUGUAUGAUUCUGACAGAGGGUCUAAUGAUUCAGGGAACUCCUCAGAUGAUAGUGAAUGUGAGGACUCUCCCGAGAAAAAGCCGGAGUGGACGGAAGAUACAGAUCCAACCCCGACAGCAAAACAAGAGGCAGAAGAGGAGCUCCAGGAGGAGAGUCCAAUGGCAGAACCUGCACAGCCUGAACCUGAAUCUCCCAACAGCCCUCAAGAGAUGCCCAACUUCCAGAAGUGUGAAAAACUUAAGGAAGACACAUCCCUGUUUCCUGAGUCUGAUGAUGGAUCUCCAAAAUCAAGAGCAAAGAAGCCUUGUCUGAGAGAACCAGGGUCAGACACUCUCUCACAAACACUUUCCACUGAUAAUCACACCUCCACAGAGGAACCCUCCACACCUCCACAGCCUGUGAAGAAACCCCAGGAAACAUUGCAUAGCACUCCCACAGAGAGAAUACAUGAGGAGACAGCUGGUUCAGAUACAGACUCUGCUACAGAGGACAUCGUCCCUCAGAAACGAAGCACCGCAGUUAAGCGCAAAGCCACUGAACCGCAAACGCCAGAAAAGAAAGUUUGUGCAGACAGAAAAGAAGAACCUAAAAUGCUAUCUCCAUUGAAAACGUCACCAUUGCAAAAUAAAUCUGAGGUGGAGAGGAGCCCUGAGCCAGCACAGAAACCUGAAGAACAUCCUACCCCAACAUUAUCAUCUCCAGGCAACGAUCUUGAGAUGAAGUCUGAGAUGCCUGCUCUCACCAGAGAGGUGCAUGUCAGCGUGGAACCUCUGUGUACAGGGCUGGAGGAUUCUACAAUGGUCACAAACGAGGAGAUGAUGCCUCAAAUCGGCCCAGAAGCACUGGUCUGCCAUGAAGUGGACCUUGAUGAUCCCGAGGAGAAGGACAAGCCAUCUGGUGAAGAGUUACUGAUGAUGAUGAAGGAAGUGAAAGCUCAGCCUCUUGAGCCUUCUGACCACCUUCCUUAUGUUCUGGCUGCAGUAGGACCUCCACGUCUCUCUUCCCCAUGUUCUGCCCCCAGCCCGGACGAAUCCCACAGCACUAAGAGUGAAAGCGACACCACCAUCGAGGUUGACAGUGUGGCUGAAUCACAAGAGGGUCUUGGGGAGAACGAAUCAACGCAUAGCUUUGAUGCCAGUGGUAGUUCGAGCAACUCCAGCAUCUCAUUGCAGGAGCGAGAUGGAAAGGACAGAGGUCAGAAAAGGAUAUUGGACUGCACUACUGGCUCAUCGGCCAAGAAGCAAAAACGUAGCCAAAAACGUUCAAGCACUGUUUGUAAAACGGAUAAGAAUGGAGCAGGUCACAGUAGUGACAGUGAGGAUCUCUCUGCCAUGGACGGCUCGAAUAAGCUAACCCCAGUCAAGCACUCCAGCAUACCUAAGAGCCAGAAGCUUUCUCGAUCACCUGGAAUGGUUUCUCCCAGCAGUAAAGACCUGGAGAAAGACAAGCACAAAGAGAAGCAGUCCAUCCCUUCCCCCCGCUCAAAUAAGUGGUCCUGCCAGCUCUCUGAGCUGGACACCAUGUCAAGUGCUGAGAGAAUUUCAUUCUUGCAAGAGAAGCUACAGGAAAUCAGGAAGUACUACAUGUCACUCAAGUCUGAGGUGGCAUCCAUCGACAGGAGGCGGAAAAGGUUAAAAAAGAAGGAAAGAGAAGUGUCCCACACCACAGCGUCCACAUCAUCUGGCUCGUCCGACACUGGCAUGAGUCCAUCGUCAGCUUCCCCGACUCGGAACACUGUUGCCGUCGAGUGUAGGUGAUGCCACGCCUGUGCCCCACCCUGCCCCACAUUUGCCUUCUCAGCAACCCGCUGCCUCCUUGGAGACAUGCAUACUGAUGAGCCAGAGCAAGCAGCCAAUAGCACUCGACUUCCCGCCUCCAUGUCUCUGUUUCCUAGUGGCCAUUCCACCUUCUGCACUUUGUAAACUGAUCCUGCCUCCUCUCGCUUGCUGUCGCUACCACUAUCAGCACCAGGGAAAGGACUCUACUUGAGGGUUGAAUGUAAUCUAUGAAAUCAAAGCUUAAAGAUUUAUCCAUCCAGAAAGAAAACAACAGCACUUUCCACUUCCUUCCCCAGAAACCCCUUCUUGCAGCAUCUGUGCUGCAUGGACUGAAUUUUGAUGCAGUAGUCAAUCAAUUGUAUGUUCCUCUAUCAGAACAUGGUAAGAACAUUGUCUAAGAUCCAUAGGUAAUGGUCACUUAAGCAGCUGAACAUGGUUAUUCAAAGAAAGGUCAAUUUUUGUGCACUUGCUCCAUCAGAACUGCCAAAGUACAUGUGUUACAGCAGAGUGCCCUAUUUUGGAAAAGUGAGACAAAGUCAAUUGCAAAAGGGAAUGUAGUUUACUGAAAACCGCAGCUGGUGUCUUCCACUUUAAGUGUGCUAGCACAGAAUUAUGCAAAACCUAUUUUUUUGUAUUUUUAAGAAAAUGGAAAAUGAAAAAAUCUGAACGAUGAAAAUGUUUACAGUGGAACACAACUUGUUUUCAGUGGACUAAUUUCCUUUGCAAGAUGCAUUUUGUCUUUUUUAUAUGUAAUUGCAGAGUUUUUAUUUUAGUAUGGAAAAUUUCAAAGUAUAUAUCGCAGCCGUGAAGUUAUUUAAUGAAAGAUUUCUAGUGCUGAAAUUUUUGUGUAAAAUAAAGGUAUUAUCUUGCAACUUGUUAAAUAUAUUUAUUCAGUCCUUGGAAAGCAUUAUUAUUAUUUUUUUUUUCAAGAUGAGAAUCACACAAUCCUCCCACUUUUGCUUCAGAUGGUGGGUUAGAAGGAAUAGAAUUUUGUGGGGGUGUUUUGAGCAUUUGAAUGUGAUGUCACAAUUGGGUAACUACUGUGCAGUAUAACAGCUCCUCCCCCUUUAGAUUUUACAUUUGGGCCCAAAAAGCUUGAGUAUUCCCAAGACCUUUAUAUAACACAAAAUUGUGACCUUUGUUUCCCCAACUCUUUCUCAGAUUUCCUGGUACUUUCUUUGUUACAGUUUAAACAUUUAUUCUUAUUUUCAUGUUUUUCUUAGUUCUUGACCAGUUGAAUAAUUCAGUUGGGAUGAGUAUGGUAAGCCCAGGGGUUUCAAACUGAUUGAUCAUUUUGUAAAUAAUCUUCCAAAACUGUAAAAAUGAUUUAUAUUAUUUUUUAAACCGUACAUCUUUGUAUAUUAAUUUACCUUUUCUAUGUCAAGUUGAUAGGAGCAUUAGCACAUCAUUAGAAUGUGUAUAUAAUCAACAAUUUAGGAACUUCAAGCUGUCUAGAGUGAUGAACCCAUGACUAUGUUGAACAUUUUAUGCUGUAGGCAGUGAUUCAUUCACUGAUGCGAUGAAAUUGUGAAAACUUGCUUUCCUGUGACUUCAGUUUAUUUACAGAUUUCUGGAUGAAGAAAUAAAGGCAUUAGGUUCCUGAGCAAAGCCAUUGUAUAUUAAUGUAAAAUAAGAGGUCUUUCAUUUCUAAUAAAGUUUUGAAAUAUU